ACAGAGGAGACAGCUAUGGCGAUCGCUAGAACCGGCGUCUUUGUGGACGAUUAUCUAGAAUAUUCGAGCUCUCUCCACGCCGAAGUCCAGCGCCAUCUCUCCACAAUGACGGAGCUCGAUGUGCGAGCACACAAUAUGAUGCUACAAACACGCGAGGACACGAAGACUUGCCUGUUCCUUCCCACGCAGCAGAUCAAGAAGCCAUCGCCAGAGCAGGAAGAAUUCGAGAGGCUAAAGAAGGAGAUCGAAGCAAACCACGACAAUAUCCGGAGCCUUUGCACGGAGAAAGUUUUGCUAGCACAGCAAGCUUACGACUUGAUCGAUAGCCAGAUGAAGAGACUAGACGAGGAUUUAAACCAGUUCGCGGAGGAUCUCAAGCUUGAGGGGAAGAUAUCACCAGACGAGCCUGCGAUCCUUCCAAUGCUGCCAUUGCGCGACGAGAAAAGGAAGUCUAGCUUCUUUGUCCCGCCAGGAAAGAGACUAGAACUCAAGGACUGGGAACGCGAUCGGGACACCGAGCUCAUGCCACCUCCUGGCAACUACAGGAAGAGAAGCCUUCCAGCUCCCGACUUGGAUCAACCCGUGGAUCCCAACGAAGAAACGUAUUGUAUCUGUGGUCAGGUUUCGUUUGGGGACAUGAUCGCUUGCGAUAACGAGAACUGCACAGGAGGGGAAUGGUUCCAUUAUCAGUGCGUUGGCUUGAGCUCCGAGACGAGAUUUAAGGCCAAGUGGUACUGUCCCACUUGUACAAAACUACAACGUCGUGGUUUGCUGGAUCCUCUGGCAUAAGGUGGUAAUUCCAUUCAAAAAAUUUCUUCUUGCAAAGGAAUUUAUUGUACACGUAACAAAUCAACAUAAUGCGUUUCAUAUAUAAAUGUUGUAGGUGAUUGGCCUAGCAUGUCUUAA